AGAGCUUCAACUCAGUCUUUAAUGGAGCCAUUGAUCACUCAACUAUUUCUUCAUCCUUUUUUUGGCCUCUCUUCUUCUUCAUAUUCCGGCGACCUCGCCGCCACCAGAAGUGGAGUUUAUACGGUUUUCUAUUUCGAUUCCCAUUUCUCUUGGCUUUGAAAACCAUCAGGUCUCUCCAGAGGAAUAAUCAAUCACACACACGCCUCCGUGGACCCUCACAAGCACUCUGUAAUGGAUGAUUGUGUUCGAUCGUAUGUCACUUUCUUGCGUUGAACCUUUCCGUUUCGAUCUGGGCUGACUCCUUCAAUUUGGGGGGAAAAUGAAAAUAAAAGAACGCUUCAAAUAUGGUUGAGAAGGAAUUUUUCACUGAAUAUGGUGAAGCUACUCAAUAUGAAAUUCAAGAACUUAUAGGUAGAGGGAGCUAUGGAGUUGUUGCAUCUGCCAUAGACACUCAUUCUGGUGAGAAAGUUGCUAUCAAGAAGAUAAAUAAUGUCUUCGAGCAUGUUUCUGAUGCCACACGUAUUCUAAGAGAAAUAAAGCUGCUCCGAUUUCUCCGACAUCCCGAUAUCGUUGAUAUCAAACAUAUAUUGCUCCCUCCAUGUAGAAGGGAGUUUAAAGAUUUGUACAUUGUUUUUGAAUUGAUGGAGUGUGAUCUUCAUCAUGUACUCAAGACUAAUGAUGAUCUCACCCCUCAGCAUCAUCAGUUUUUCUUGUAUCAACUUCUUAGAGCCUUGAAGUAUAUACAUUCAGCGCAUGUGUUCCAUAGAGAUUUGAAGCCGAAGAAUAUACUUGCUAAUGCUGACUGCAAACUGAAGAUUUGUGACUUUGGACUUGCGCGUGCAUCUUUUAGUGAUGCCCCGUCUGCCAUUUUUUGGACUGAUUAUGUGGCUACUCGAUGGUACCGUGCUCCUGAACUCUGUGGUUCUUUUCUCUCAAAGUAUACACCAGCUGUUGAUAUUUGGAGCAUAGGAUGUAUAUUUGCUGAAAUGUUGGCAAGCAAGCCUUUGUUUCCUGGGAAAAGUGUUGCCCACGAGCUGGAUCUAAUAACGGACUUGCUCGGUACCCCUUCGGCUGAAUGUAUUGCCAAGAUUCGUAACGAAAAGUCUAAAAGGUAUUUGAGUGGCAUGAGAAAAAAACAUCCAAUUCCUCUGUCAAGAAAGUUCCCCAAUGCAGAUCCACUAGCUCUUCGUUUACUCGAACGUCUGCUCGCAUUUGAUCCCGAUGAUCGUCCUUCUGCAGAGGAGGCAUUAGCUGAUCCAUACUUCCAUGGACUGGCAAAUCUGGAGGAUGAACCAUCCAGGCAACCCAUUUCAAAACUCGAGUUCGAGUUUGAAAGGGGAAAGUUGACACAAGAUGAUGUCAGAGAGCUUAUUUAUAGAGAAAUUUUAGAGUAUCACCCUCAAAUGUUACAGGGCUACCUUCAAGGUUCUGGGAGUCACUUCUUGUAUCCCAGUGGAAUUGAUCGAUUCAAGCGUCAAUUUGAUAAUCUUGAGGAACGUUCUGGUAGAGUUGAGAGAGGCACAGGCAGUCCACUUCUAAGGAAGCAUGCCUCCUUGCCUAGGGAGCGAAUAUAUACACCACGAGAUGAAGACGAUGAUGAAAAAUGUAUAUCGGAACGGAGAACUGCAGCGCUUCGAAGCCCUCCUGGACCUGCUUGUUCAUUAACUGCUCAGAAUGGUUCUGUUCAUGUAGAUUGCAAUAGCUAUAACCUGUUGAGGAAUGCAAGUAUAAGUUGUUCUAAAUGGGUGGAUUAACUGGGAAGGCUGCACUUAGAACUUUCAAUUUUAUUACUAAGUUGUUGUUUUUCUUAAAUUCUGCUAAAAACAUAUGUUUUAUACUCAUUUAAUGUAAUGAGUAUCUUUGUCUUA